AUGUCAUCGUUCUUUUGUAUAGAUUCGCCUUCCAAUUGGACGGACUGGCGUGCUAUACCGCCCUGUAGCACCACCUGUGGUACAGGCACACAAGUGUUCAGUCGGGAAUGCCGAUCACUCAACGGCAGCCUGUCUCCGUUCUGUACGCCAGACCAACAGUCAGUUACACAGACUACGUCCCGAGCUUGUGACGGGCUACAAGCUUGCCCAGUUCAUGGUUCCUGGUCCGCAUGGGAAAGCUUUCUCCCCUGUUCCGUGUCAUGUGACGGCGGUGUGACGUCACGUGUCCGGGUCUGCAGUCCUCCCCAGCUGGGUGGUUCAUGGUGUCCUGGGACCGAGAACGGAUCCCUGACGGAAGUACAGUACAAAAACUGCAGCGUGCACCCAUGUCCCGUGCCAGUGGUAACAACGUGGUCUAAGUGGUCACCUUGUAGCGUGACGUGCGGCGGAGGGAUACAGUCACGUGUUCUUCUAUGUGACGGGGUUACUUGUCCCGAGGAGACCAACGACACUAGGGACUGCAACACAGAGUUAUGUGAAGGGACAUGGGGCAGCUGGUCAGAGUAUAGCGCCUGUUCUGAGACCUGUGGGGAGGGGAUACGUGUCAGGAGUAGAAACUGUACCGUUCCUGAGUUUGGCGGGACGGCAUGCCCGGGGGACAGCAGCGACGAUGGGCAACAGUACGAAGAAGCAACCUGCAAUUUAGGCUUAUGUCCAAAUCCUAACGGUACAUGGGUCACAUGGACCAGCGAAUGUUCUGCCACCUGUGGUAAUGGAACGAAAACAGUUCGACACAGAUGUGCAAAAAUCAACCCGGACAAUCCGUUUGAAGGAGACCUGUUCUGCCCCGGGGAAAAACCGGAUGAGGAGAUAGUAUGCCAAGUCCACCCAUGUUCAGUAUGA